AUGGCGACUGCUGCCAACCCAACCUUCCAAUACGAUGUCUCGGAGACUGCCGGCGUGAAGGUCGCCAACCGAGAGGUCAAUGGUGCUACUGGAACCUUGGCCCUGGUUGCUAAGGCCGGUUCCCGUUACCAGCCUUUCCCUGGUUUCUCCGAUGCUCUCGAGAAGUUCGCUUUCAAGUCUACCGCCAAGCGCUCUGCACUUCGAAUUACCCGCGAGGUCGAGCUUUUGGGAGGUGAAAUCUCGUCUACACACUCCCGCGAAAAUGUCGUCCUUCGCACCAAGUUCCUUGCCAACGACCUGCCAUACUUCACAGAACUCCUUGCGGAGGUUGCCAGCCAAACCAAGUUUACAGACCACGAACUACACGAGGUUGUCAGCGAUCUCCUCAAGUACCAGCAGCAGGCUGUCUACUCCAACCCGGAAGCUGUUGCAAUUGAUGCCGCUCACGGUGUUGCUUUCCACCGCGGUCUGGGCUCUCCCAUCACCCCUAGCCAGUCCACCCCAUACGAGAAGUACCUGUCCGGCGACGCCUUAGCCCAGUUCGCCCAGGAUGCCUAUGCCAAGUCCAACGUUGCCCUUGUUGCUACCGGCCCUAACUCUGCCGAGGUUUCCAAGUGGGUGGGUCAAUUCUUCGCCGGCCUCUCCACCGGCGGCGCUGCAAGCCAGUACAAGGUCCAGCCCACCGCAGCCAGCAAGUACUUCGGUGGUGAGCAGAGAAUUCCUUCAAAGGCUGGCAAUGCCGUUGUGAUUGCUUUCCCAGGAUCCAGCGCUUUCGGCACCGCUGGUUACAAGGCGGAGGCUUCUGUCCUGGCCGCUUUGCUUGGUGGCGAGUCUUCCAUCAAAUACACCCCCGGAUUCUCGCUUCUCUCCAAGGCUACCGAGGGCUUCUCGCAGCUUACUGUUUCGACCAAGAACAUCUCUUACUCUGAUGCCGGCCUCUUCACCAUCACCCUCUCCGGUGCUGCUGGUCAGGUUGGCACUGCCAGCAAGAACGUUGUCGACGCCCUCAAGAAGGCCGCUGCUGGUGAGGUUUCCAGUGAGGACAUCAAGAAGGCCACUGCUCUGGCCAAGUUCCGUGCUCUGGAGUCUGUGCAGACCCUCGAGACUGGUCUCGAGGCCACUGGCUCUGGCCUGGUCCACGGUAGCAAGCCCUACCAGAUUGGUGAGAUCGCUCAGGCCAUUGAGGGCGUCUCUGAGCAGCAAGUCAAGGAGGUCGCCAAGUCCUUCCUGUCUGGCAAGGCCACCCUCGUCAGCGUUGGCGACGUCCAUCAGCUUCCUUACGCCGAGGACUUGGGCCUGUCGGCUUAA